AUGGUGAUUAACACGGAACUUUGUGCUCUUUCCGAGUACCGUAUCUACCCUGGAAAUGGGAAACUCAUGAUUCGUCGUGAUGGCAAGCCCAUCUGGCUUGGUUCCUCCAAGGCAUUCAGUCUGACAAUUCAGCGUAAAAAGGCCGCCAAAUUGGUAUGGACACAAGCUUGGCGUCGUCUGCACAAGAAGGGUAUCACUGAAACCACCACCAAGAAGAAGCGAACUCGAACUGGAAAGGUACAAAGAGCCGUCGUGGGUGCUUCCCUCGAGGAGAUCCGCAAAAAGGCGUCCCAAAAGAGUGAAGUCCGUACCGCACAGAGAGAUGCUGCCCUCAAGGAGCUCAAGGCCAAGAAGGCUGCCAACAAAGGCAAGAGUGGAAAAGGAUCCAGCAGUGCCGGUUCCAAGCCACACUCAUUCCAAAAGGUUCCCAAGCACAUGGGAGGAAAGGGAUCCAGAGGAGGAAAAGGAAGCACACAACGUUAA